AUGAGGAAGCCUCGCAGAAAGUCGCGGCCGAAUGCCGAGGGCCGGCGCUCCCCAUCCCCCUAUAGUCUGAAGUGCUCACCCACUCGGGAGACCCUGACGUAUGCCCAGGCCCAGCGGAUUGUGGAGGUGGACAUCGAUGGACGCCUGCAUCGUAUUAGCAUCUAUGAUCCACUCAAGAUCAUCACAGAGGAUGAGUUGACUGCCCAGGAUAUCACCGAAUGCAAUAGUAACAAGGAAAACAGUGAGCAGCCUCAGUUCCCUGGCAAGUCCAAAAAAUCCUCAUCCAAGGGCAAAAAGAAGGAGUCCUGCUCCAAGCAUGCAUCUGGCUCUUCUUUCCACCUCCCGCAACCCAGCUUCCGCAUGGUGGACUCAGGCAUUCAGCCAGAAGCACCCCCGCUGCCUGCUGCUUACUACCGCUACAUUGAAAAGUCACCUGAAGAUCUGGAUGCAGAAGUCGAGUAUGACAUGGAUGAAGAGGACCUCGCCUGGCUGGACUUGGUAAAUGAGAAGCGGCGAGUAGAUGGGUACAGUUUGGUGUCGGCAGACACCUUUGAGCUGCUGGUGGACCGGCUUGAGAAGGAGUCAUACCUGGAAAGUCGCAGUAGUGGGGCCCAGCAGUCACUCAUUGAUGAAGAUGCUUUCUGCUGUGUGUGCCUGGAUGACGAGUGCCACAACAGCAACGUCAUUCUCUUCUGUGACAUCUGCAACCUGGCUGUACACCAGGAGUGCUAUGGCGUCCCCUACAUCCCUGAGGGCCAGUGGCUAUGCCGCUGCUGCCUACAGUCUCCCUCCCGGCCUGUGGAUUGCGUCCUCUGCCCCAACAAGGGUGGCGCCUUCAAACAGACCAGUGAUGGGCACUGGGCCCAUGUGGUGUGUGCCAUCUGGAUCCCUGAAGUCUGCUUUGCUAACACCGUGUUCCUGGAGCCCAUUGAGGGCAUCGACAAUAUCCCACCUGCCCGCUGGAAACUAACCUGCUAUAUCUGUAAGCAGAAAGGGCUAGGUGCAGCCAUCCAGUGCCAUAAGGUGAACUGCUACACGGCCUUCCAUGUGACGUGUGCACAGCGGGCUGGGCUCUUCAUGAAGAUUGAGCCUAUGCGUGAGACCAGCCUCAAUGGCACCAUCUUCACAGUGCGCAAGACUGCCUACUGUGAGGCCCACUCACCGCCAGGUGCUGCUACUGCUAAGAGGAAGGGCGACUCUCCUGGAAGCCUCAGUGAGGCAGGGGAUGAGGAAGGGCUGAAGGAGGCUUGUGAGGAGGAGGAAGAGAAGGAAGAAAUAGAAGAGGAGGAGGAAGGUGAAGGGCAGGGUGGGUUAGGUGGCCCCCUCAAGGGAGUGUCGAAGAAGAACAAGAUGACUUUGAAGCAAAGGAUCAAAAAGGAGCCAGAGGAAGUGGGUCGAGACACGACCUCCACUGUCCCCAUGGUGACUGUCCCACGGAUACCCUCUUACAGGUUGAACAAGAUCUGUAGUGGUCUCUCCUUUCAGAGGAAAACCCAGUUCAUGCAGCGGCUUCACAACUACUGGCUGUUGAAGCGGCAGGCACGGAAUGGUGUCCCCCUCAUCCGGCGCCUGCACUCCCACUUGCAGUCUCAGAGGAAUGCUGAGCAGCGGGAGCAGGACGAGAAGACAAGUGCUGUAAAGGAAGAGCUGAAAUAUUGGCAGAAGCUCCGGCAUGAUUUGGAGCGGGCACGGCUGCUAAUCGAACUGAUUCGGAAAAGAGAAAAGCUCAAGCGGGAGCAGAUCAAGAUUCAGCAAGCUGCCAUGGAGCUGGAGCUGAUGCCAUUCAACGUUCUGCUGAGGACAACACUGGACUUGCUGCAGGAGAAGGAUCCCGCACACAUCUUUGCCGAGCCUGUCAACCUGAGUGAGGUUCCAGAUUACCUGGAAUUCAUAUCCAAGCCAAUGGAUUUUUCUACUAUGAGGCGGAAGCUGGAGUCCCACCUGUACCACACCUUGGAGGAGUUUGAGGAGGACUUUAACCUUAUAGUUACCAACUGCAUGAAGUAUAAUGCUAAAGACACAAUUUUCCACCGAGCAGCUGUCCGCCUGCGGGACCUGGGAGGGGCCAUCCUGCGGCACGCCCGGCGGCAGGCAGAGAACAUCGGCUAUGACCCUGAGACGGGCACCCACCUGCCCGAGUCACCCAAAUCGGAGGACUUUUACCGCUUCUCCUGGGAAGACGUGGACAACAUCCUCAUCCCAGAGAACCGGGCCCACUUGUCUCCAGAAGUGCAGCUGAAGGAACUGCUGGAGAAAUUAGACCUGGUGAGCGCCAUGCGGUCCAGUGGGGCCCGGACCCGCCGAGUCCGCCUGCUGCGCCGGGAGAUCAAUGCUCUUCGGCAGAAGCUGGCGCAGCCGCCACCACCACAACCACCAUCACUGAACAAGACUGUGUCCAGUGGGGAGCUGCCAGCAGGGCCCCGGGGGGAUGUGGCUGUGCUGGAGCAGGCCCCGCAGGAGGAGCCAGAAGACAAUGGGGACAGAGAUGACUCCAAAAUGCCUCCCCCACCAACCCUGGAACCCACUGGACCUGCACCUUCCUUGUCUGAGCAAGAAUCCCCUCCAGAUCCCCCCACUCUGAAACCCAUCAAUGAUAGCAAACCUCCAAGCCGAUUCCUCAAGCCCAGAAAAGUGGAAGAAGAUGAGCUUUUGGAAAAAUCACCUCUGCAGCUAGGGAGUGAGCCCUUGCAACGCUUGCUCAGUGACAAUGGCAUCAACAGAGUGUCCCUCAUGGCCCCCGACACAUCCCCCACUGGCGCCCCACUCAGUGGCGUGGGCCGCCGCACAUCAGUCCUCUUCAAGAAGGCCAGGAACGGGGUUAAGCUCCAGAGGAGCCCAGACAGGGCCCUGGAGAACGGUGAGGACCACGGCACAGCGGACUCUCCCGUGUCUCCCGCCAGCAUCGAGGACGAACGGCACUCCCGGAAGCGGCCGAGGAGCAGGAGCUGUAGUCAAAGCGAAGGGGAGAGGUCCCCCCAGCAGGAGGAAGAGACAGGCGUGACCAACGGCUUUGGAAAACACACCGAAAGUGGAUCUGACUCAGAAUGUAGUUUGGGUCUCAGCAGUGGACUGGCAUUUGAAGCUUGCAGUGGUCUGACGCCUCCCAAACGCAGCCGGGGGAAGCCAGCCCUGUCUCGAGUCCCCUUCCUGGAAGGUGUGAACGGAGACUCUGACUACAACAGCUCAGGCAGAAGCCUCCUGAUGCCCUUUGAAGACCGUGAAGACCUGGAGCCCCUGGAGCUGGUGUGGGCCAAGUGCCGAGGUUACCCCUCCUACCCUGCCUUGAUCAUCGACCCCAAGAUGCCCCGGGAGGGCCUCCUGCACAAUGGUGUCCCCAUCCCCGUUCCCCCACUGGAUGUGCUGAAGCUUGGCGAGCAGAAACAGGCCGAGGCUGGAGAGAAGCUCUUCCUUGUCCUCUUCUUUGACAACAAGCGCACCUGGCAGUGGCUUCCGAGGGACAAAGUCCUGCCCCUGGGUGUGGAAGACACUGUGGACAAGCUCAAGAUGCUAGAAGGCCGCAAGACCAGCAUCCGCAAGUCAGUGCAGGUGGCCUACGACCGUGCGAUGAUCCACCUGAGCCGAGUGCGGGGGCCCCACUCCUUCGUCACCUCCAGCUACCUGUAA